UCAAAUGAAUAGAAUAAGUAUUUAGAUAGUAGUAAUGGUUUCAAAAUGGUGGUCAACAUAUUAUUUUUGUUGUUUGUUAUGAUGUUGUCCACACUAGUGGUUCCAAGUCCACAUGUCUUAAAAAAAAAUGUGUGUAUGUAUGACGAAGUUGUGUUAAAUUGUCCUAACAGACUGUUUAUCGCCGUUACCGAUGUUUUAUUUAGAUCACGGUUGAAAAUUUUUCGGGACAGAAGCUCAUGUACAGUUUGGACGCAACCAUGGAACAAUUGCACAUCUUCUAUUGAUUUCCAUCCUUUACUAGACCAGUGUCAGAGGAAUGAUACAUGUAAAAUAGUUAUGGACUACAAUCCAUGCUCACAAUAUCCCUUAUUGUAUGCUACUAUUUACUAUGAAUGUACAGAAUCUGGAUAUGGAACAACUGAUCCCUAUCAACUUAUCAAAUUAUAUGGUAACAGAUUCAGGACAGCAACAUCUUUAACUGCACCUUCAACUGCAUCUUUAGCUGAAUCACCAACCACAUCAUCAACUGCAUCUUCAACUAUAAAUAUUCCUGAUUUAUCAGCAAUUUAUAAGGACCAUAAAAACGACGAUGGUUUCAAUAAAGAUAACAAUCAUCAAAUCCACAACGACAACCAGAGCAACAAGCAAAUAAAAAUUGGAUUAGAAAUAGCUAUAGGCAUCACAUCAUUCAUUGCGAUUGUUGCUCUGAUCUACGUUAUAAAGUCUAGACUGCACAAACGUGAACAAAGACCAAACCCGACACCUCGCAGAAACCGUCUGUCUUAUGAUCAAGAUCACAUGUUUCAAAACCCAAGCAUAUACCAGAUUGCAGUUUCUAAUCCAGGAUACAGCAACAGAAUGGGAGACACAGUAGAUACAUCUAACGAAAGUGGUUAUGCUCUGCAUUCAUAUGAAGAAGCCGUCAGUCACAAUUACGAACAAGUGAACUUAAGAGUUCCAAAAGUAUCAAAUGUAUUAGAGUGACUGCAUUGAGAAGUAUCUAGGAACUAACAAUUUAAUGAAUAAUUUACUUAACUUUGUCAUGACAAUUGUACCGAAAAAGUGUUGUGCAUCUGUCCGCAUUAAUGAUCGACUUACUUUUACAGAGAAUUUUUAUUUUUUUGUUAAGUGUUUAAUCAAUGAUGUGUGUCUUUUGUCUCCUUUUUACAUCAUUAUGUUGUUUGUUUUUGUUUAACGUAGAUGUGUUGAUUCUUUAGUUUGCUAUGUUGUGUCUUUUUCUAUUGUUUGUCUCCUUUCAUUUUCAGCCAGGCGUUGUCAGUUUAUUUUCGAUUUAUGAGGUUGACUUCCCUCUGGUAUCUUUCGUCCCUCUUUUAAGUGAACCAUUAAAGCUCAUAAGUCAAAAAUGAACUGACAACGUCAUAGCAAACAGAAAUGAAAAAAAAUCCAACAAAGGUACACAACAUAGAACCUUUGUUUAUAACAUUAAAGAAUAAGAAACGAAUUCCCACUAAAAUGUGCACUGGAAGGGUAAGAAGAGUAAGUAGAUCAAUGCUCCACCCGACGUGUUGAUCGUGUAAGUAUAAACCUUGAAAUAUGUCCGAUUCGGUAGUUCACAUUUGAGGAAAAGGGAACAGGAUUGAAGUUGCGAAAUUUGAAAUAUAUCUGCUAUCAUCUGUGAAACGGAUAUGCGGUUACGGCAAACCAACUUGUGAUGGCGUCCGUAUUAUUAAAACAGAAAUGGUUUUAAAUUCACUACUUACAUAUCAUGUUUUGUAGCUUCCUUGUGAAAAGCAGUCCUCUAUAAAUGAAAUCAUAAUAGAAAGUACAAGCCUUUGAAUACUGUAUCAACUUCGAGAUAUAUACUCUGUAUGCAGGCGCUCAGAAAUGUAAAAUUUCACAAUCGGGAAGCUAAAAUGUCUCCUUUGUCGCAAUUUUUUGUUUCCAUAUUUAUCAAAAUCACUGCUGGGUCGUCCAAAGCGCUUUGUUGUAUUAACUUCACCAAGAACGUUCAUGGCCGAAUAUAUGAAAGCUUGCAUUGCAAAAAAAAGCUGCAGAAAUUUUAUAGAUAAAUAUUACAAAGAAUUUUAAUAAUUUUCCAAUGACAUUAUUUAUAAAUUGGGCAAAUAAGUAUCUC